GGCUGCCUGCCUAUUUUCACGGACUCUAAUUGUGCCGAUUAUACACAAAAGGAAAUUGAUUCGAUUUCCUCGCGCUGUAUCGAAUUAAACAGUCUAUCGUUGCUUUCGCUUGGACGGUUUUUUGUUGUAAUUCCGGUGUUUGUGCGUUAGAAAAACUAGUAUUAGGAGAAUAGGUGUUUAAAGUUUGGUGGAAAGUGUGGAAAAGUGUUACCCAUCAGUGGCUGUGCUGUGGAAAAGGUAGAUGAGGAGACGAAAUCAUCAAGCAGCGAGGAUCUCUACCCGCACGCCCGUUGAAUUCACAAAUACCGAGGCGACGACGGCAGAAGCAGAAGCAUAAAAAAGAAGCAUCGGUGGGGUCAUUUGCUAGGGUACCCCUUGGUAAACCGAAAAUCGGUGACAUCGCUCGAAAGUGACGCAUAAACCAGGCGGCAGAAGGAAACGCGCUGCCACAUUCGCCAGUAAUGCCACCAAUGCGGAAUGUGCGCUGAGCAGACAGUUUAAAGUUGGCAAGAGCGGGGUGUGAGUUUCCGAGCGUCGCGUGUGUGUGAGUGUGUUCGUGCCAGCUCCGAGUCGGGUCGAGAGUGAGCUUGGUUUAAUAGUGGUAGUAAAUUUGCCGUCGUCUCUGGAGGGUGAGGUGAUGGAAGAAGCAUAACCCCUGAAAUCAGCCGCGUACAGUGAAUCGGUACAGCCCUGUGUCGGUCCGGUGGGUUGUGUUUGGUUAGAAGAGUGUGCCAGGGAGGCAGGCAGGCAGGAAGAAGAGAAGAGCCAUCUCCGCUGUACGCGCGCGACCAUGUUCACGUAGUUGUUUGUUGGUUCACCAAAAGAUCUGACGACGUGAACGAGCGAGCGGUUCGUCGAUUUCGGGGCUGCUGCUGCUGCCGCCUGUGUAUGUUUGCUAUGUGGUGGCGUUUUUGAUGAAGUGAAGUGAGCCUUCAUUUAGUGAAUAAGCAGUAGCAGAACUAUACGCAUCUCGCGAACGUUCCGGAGAAAAUACAACAGUACACGCAUCCUCCAGGAGAGAAGGAAUAUAAAAUAUCGGUUUUCGGGUUGUGUACGCGAAUAUUAUUCGAUCUGCUCAACCAGUGGCCAGAUCGAGAUUGUAUGACAGAUCGCGCAAUCGUGCAAUUGUGGCUCCGGACGAAAAUGACCGUCCGGAAAUAGAGUGAUCGGUCCAGGUUACAUUAGUAAAACAAACAAAUAAUACUAGUUUUAGUGAUGAUUACUAAAAAGUGCUGAUAAGUGAGAAAUAUGUCGGAAUCCGUCAUCGGAAGUGCGCUAAGCAACAUUCAACAGUGAAAUUAGUACUAGUACAAGCGCGCGCCCUACAGCCAGGAAAAAAGGCAAGAUAGUCGCUGCUGCUCUGGUUGCACAGGGAAGCUCGGGAAAGGAAAGAGAUCAGUUUCCGGCUAGUGUGCAUGUGCGCGUCCCAGCGAAGAGCAACCUGGUGGCGAGUGUGAUUUUGAGUGUACCAUAAAUUAGAUAACGAAAAUAAGUGUGUGCGUGUGUGAGCAGAAGAAGUGUGCGACCUGCGACGGUGCAGGCCUGUUAGUGCGAAGCGUUUGAAAGUUACGAGUUAUCAAAAUGUAUGCUAAAGGCAAGGCGACAACGGUGCCGUCGGAUGCACAAGCUAGAGAAAAAAUUGCACUAUAUGUAUAUGAAUAUUUAUUACACGUAGGGGCAUCGAAAGCAGCACAAACAUUCUUAUCCGAGAUACGAUGGGAGAAGAAUAUCACACUAGGCGAACCUCCGGGCUUCCUGCACUCGUGGUGGUGCGUAUUCUGGGAUCUCUACUGCGCGGCACCGGAACGACGGGACACCUGCGAGCAUUCAUCCGAGGCCAAAGCAUUUCAUGAUUACGGUUUCGUGAGUUCGGGCUACGGAGUGAACGGAAUAGCACAUAAUGCCGGUCCAGCGCCGAGUCCGCUGGGACAGUUACCACCAAACGAGGGCAUGCCCGGCGGUCCGAUGGCACCAACUGGCUUCUUCCCGGUAAGCAGGAACUCCUCCAUUAGGCCAUCACAACCUUCACACCCUAGCAGUGGGCAGUCCCCACACCCACAACCACCAAACUCGCACGGACAGAUGAUGAGCGGUCAGCCUUUCAUGGGAGGCCCCCGGUAUCCCCCAGGGCCCCGGCCCGGUGUCCGAAUGCCGCAAGGAAUUGGAAACGAUUUCAAUGGUCCUCCCGGACAACCAAUGAUGCCAAAUAGUAUGGAUCCCACGCGGCAAGGUGAAGCUGGAGACUUUGUAGCAUGGCAAGGCCCUCCAGGUAUGGGUCCGAUGAAUCCUAGAAUGAAUCCACCUCGCGGCCCCGGAAUGGGCCCCAUGGGCGCCGGCACGUACGGACCGGGAAUGCGCGGCCCGCCACCCAACAGCAGUUUAGGCCCGGGUGGAAUGCCCCCGAUGGGAAUGGCCGGCGGACGGCCGCAGUGGCAACCGAAUACGUCAUCGCCCAUGAACUAUUCAUCCUCGUCACCUGGCAAUUACGGUGGUCCUCCAGGGCCGAGCGGACCGCCCGGACCGGGAACGCCCAUCAUGCCAUCACCUCAAGAUUCAUCCAACUCCGGCGGCGAAAAUAUGUACACACCAAUGAAAGCUGAAUUUCCAAUGGUCGGCGGAUCGGACGGUGGCGGCCCAAUGGGGGGCCCCAUGGGCCCAAACGCUAUGGGUGGACCGGUACUUAACAAUGACGGCCUGGAUGGAAUGAAAAAUAGCCCGGCGAACGGUCCCGGAACGCCUCGAGAAGACUCGGGCAGCGGAAUGGGCGAUUACAACCUCGGCGGUUUCGGUGGACCCGGAGAGAAUGACCAGACCGAGUCGGCCGCUAUACUCAAGAUCAAGGAAAGCAUGCAGGAAGAGGCGAAACGCUUCGAGAAAGAUUCCGACCAGCCCGAUUACUACAUGCAAUAACAUCCUCCUUCUAGCGUUUCUACUACUGCUAUUACUUCUACUACAACAGCAUCUACUACUACUAUUACUACUACCACCACCACUGCAACAUGUUCUACUUCUACUGUUGUUGAGACAGCCAGUACUGCGCUGCUCGCAAGUUCAGCUUCCGUGAGUGCUUCUGUCAGUAACGCUGCGGCCGCCACCAACACCGACACCACGACCACUUCUACCGAAAGCAACUAGUUCACUUCCUUCUAUUGUUUACCAAAAGAGAAACAAAAAUUAAACGCAACACCCGUUUACACACACACGAAUGCUCCUGAAGCAAAACAUUGACCACUCCAAAUCACACCGCUAUCGAACUUCACUUUCCAAUUACAACAAAAAAAGGAAUAGGGUUAAAAUUUCCAUCAGAACAAUCCCACGCAAAGGUCUCAAACCUGAUGAAGCAUUAGAAAUGAUAAUCAUUUUGCUCGAUAAGCUGUGUCAACCGUGUGUAACCAAAAAAAAAAAAACAAAAUCCGCGAUAACCUUUUAUCUAGAAGUGCAACUGACAAACGUGAAAGGGAUCCCCGUGUCCCGUUUUGUUCACACCCCUCGCAAAGGUAGCGUUCGUUUUUCUUUUUGUUUUGCGAUCCCCAGCACCUUCCUUUGUUUGCCGUUGCCCAAGUGGAUCCCAAACAAUAUGGAAUGAAGCGGAAAGUGUUAAAGUAUUGUGAGAAAUAAAGAGAAAAAAUAAACAAAAACCACACACAUACACCUUAUAGGAUAAUUUCACCAAUACCAUCAUAAUUCAACACAACACGAAGGAAUAGAAAAGUGAGAAGGAACGAGAAAGCGAAUGAAUAAAAAAAAAAAACACGUACACACACAUUCACACAUCUUUGAUGGUAUUUAAGCGGACAGAAACAAACAUGGUAAUGCGUGGAGAAAAAAAGGGAAAAAAACACUGAACGGCGGGAGUGAAAGAAGACGAAGAAAACAAGGAAAGAUACAUCUGUGUUAGAAUUUUUUUUUUUCUCGAGCAAGACGUGCAAAUCAUAAAAACAACAAAAAUGGAAAAACCGAAAAAAAUAGUGGAAAAUAAUAAUUUUUGUGAAACACAA